CAGCCCGCUUUCCUUCGCUGGGUGGACACUCGCGUGUCGCGGCAGUUCUCCAAAGUCUGUGACAGCUUGACGGGGCGCCUCCACGACCGCACCGGCCAUCAUGGAGCAAGGUAUUGUGAUGCACACCAUACACCAGCUCAUGACAAUCAGGGAUCCGCGCACCAAGGACUGGAAGUUGCUGCACAAUCCAAGCUUCAUCGUUGUCCUGCUGGGUGUUUACCUGUACAUGGCCAAGGUGUGGGGCCCAAACUUCAUGAAGCACCGGAAGCCGUACGAUCUGAAGGGAAUCAUACGCAUCUACAACCUGUUCCAGGUGGUGUCGAACAUCUACUUCUUGUACAGGAUCAUCUACUAUUCCUUCUGGGCGGCCGGAUACAGUCUGUUCUGCCAGGGCCUGACCUACAAGGCGGACGAGAACUCUCGGAAUCUCCUGAAUGCCUACUACUGGUACUUCCUCGUGCGCGUGGCCGACUUUCUGGACACGCUGUUCUUCGUGCUCACCAAGAAGUUCUCCCACAUAUCGGUGCUUCACGUGACCCACCACACCAUAGUCGUGUUCAACGGCUGGAUGUUUCUGCAGUUCGGCCCCGACGGUCAGGCCGUGUUCGGUGUGUGCCUUAACGCGUUCGUGCACAUCAUCAUGUACAUCUACUACUUUCUUGCUUCCCUGGGUCCCUCCAUCCAGAAGUACUUGUGGUGGAAGAGGUACCUGACGAGGAUCCAGAUUGUUCAGUUCUUCAUAAUGAUCGUUCACGCUUCUAUCCCCAUCUUCGUGGACUGCGGUUAUCCGGUCGUGUUGCUCUGCAUCGGAAUCCCACAAGUCAUCCUUAUUCUUGGCCUCUUCUUGAACUUCUACGUCCAGUCGUACCUGAGCCGCUCGUCGGGAGGUCCUCCUAAGAUGCCGGCUCCUCAAGUGCACAGCCAAAAUGGAGACAGUCAUCACACUAAUGGUGGCAACGUGGACGCCAAGAAAGAGCUGUAGAGAAACGACUCUCACGACGCGAGCACCUUUUUCUACCCUGUCCACUCUUUCAGUCAGAAAGUUCAAAUGGGACCUGUGAGUUUUCACGUGCCGCUACGCCUACGGUCAUGUCUUGUUUGGUGUUCCUUUUGUUCAGAUUCUCCCAUAUAUGUUCUUAAACCUGAAACCACCUAGGCAUCGCCCAAGUGCUCUUGUGAUAGGAGUGUGGCAGAACGUGUUUUACGGCCGUGUAAAACAUUCUACGGAGCAUGUUUUCUGUCGCUGCGACCGAAUUGCGCUUGGACUCCUUGUCAGCAAUAUCCGUAAGGGAAUCACUUCACAUGUUAUUCCCCAUAUGUGACGAGGCCACGCGGCAGUGUAAAUAAGCUUGUUUUUAGCGCAUUGUGGAAGGUAUAUUUGCCACAGGCACUCUUUGAGACAGUGUCAUCAAGGUGAUCACUGAGAAUUUCACCCUUCUUGUGUUUUAUCUAUUAUCCCACUUGAGCACUGAAGCCAAGAUGUUUCGUGCAUGCUGCAAAUGGUGUACUAUGGCUUGCCAAAGAACCGAUGUAAAAGAACGACAGCAUGGUUUUUGUCGCAUUGUUGGGACUAAUUUUCCCACUGAAGUAGAAUAGUCAAGAAAAAAGGUUUGCAGGCUUUAUAACUCCCAAAUAUUGUUUAUUGAAGAGAGAACACUUCUGCAGCUUUUUACAUUGCUGAUUACAAUGCUGGUGUCGCUGUACA